CCAGGUUGAUGGGGUUAUCUGUACUUGGCCCUAAGGCUGAAGUUUCCACUGAUUGGUAGGAGCAACUUGUGGAUGCUGUGAAAAUUGAUGGGAAUGUAUGAAAAAGGCUAGGCGUCCAGGAACUAGGCCUUGUGAUAACAAACAACGGCAGCUGCUACCAUGGAGCAGGAGAACCCGCCUCCUCCGGCGACUGGCCGGCAACAAGUCGGUCAAGUCCCCUACAAGCAGGAAGGGCUGCUGCUGCGGCCUUCGCGGCCGACGAACGCUCUCGUCUGGUGCUUCGCCAUCUUCUGCUCUGCCUUCAGCCUCCUGCUCAUACUCACCGGCGUCAUCACCCUUAUCGUCUUCCUCGCCGUGAAGCCCAGACACCCAUCUUUCGAUAUUGCAAAUGCGAGCCUCAGCAGCAUCUACAUCGACUCGCCGGGCUUCCUCAAUGGGGAGCUCUUCAUCCUCGCCAAUUUCACGAACCCAAAUCAGAGAAUCAACAUGGGGUUUGAGUAUUUGAACAUCGAGCUCCUCUUCCAUGGCACGCUGAUCGCUGCCCGGGCCAUCAAGCCUUUUGGGCAGAGGAGCGGGGAGUCGAGGCUGCAGACGAUACAGAUGGUGUCGAGAGGGGUCCCUCUGCCAUCGAUGCUCUUGUUGGAACUUCAGCGACAGGUGAGGAACAACAGAAUUCAGUAUGAGAUCAGGGGAAACUUCAAAACCAGAGCAGGGUUUGGGUUGAGCCACAUCACGUACUGGAUCACUAGACAGUGCUUCGUUGAGCUCACAAGCCCACCUAAUGGAGUCUUAGUCGGUCGUAUCUGCACAAUGAACUAAUGGAAAUCCUUAUCUUUUUCUCUUCUUUUUUCUCAUUCCCUCUUCUGUGCCUGGGAAUGCAGGAUUGCAGGGUAUUUGUUUUCGUAAACAAAAGCUAUAAAUGGCACUCAAUGCUGUAAAGCCAAAAUUCGUUGGUUGUAAGAACAACAAAAAGAUCAAGCGAAAGAACAAGUUGUUCAUGGCGUGAAAUCCACAUACAUCAUUCUGUUACAGUUGAAAUUUAUGAUACCAAAUGUAUUUUACAGCACAUUGAAAUGAAGAAGAAUAAUGGCAGGAUCCUGUAUUUUUCAGCAC